CGGCGGCGAUGACGUCAUUGUCGGGGCGCCUAUUUCAAUGUCCGCGGGCCGGGUCGCGGAUUUUUGUUGCUCUGCUUUCUUACCGCCGCCACAACCACCACAACUCCUGCCGCGUCUGCCCCGGCGCGAGCGAUUCUCUUGCCACUGAACGUGUCGUGGAGAACGCCGGCGGCCGACCAUGAACAGCCUUUGGAUCGGGAACUUGGCGCCGUACAUGGAUGAGUAUUUUCUCAUGCGUGCCUUUGCCGAAGCGGCACAUCCUCUUGCUGGCGUGAAAAUCAUCAAAGACAAAGUGUCCAAAAAUCCCCUGGGGUAUGGAUUUGUUGAGUUCCCAAGCAAAGAAAAGGCUAUGGAAUGUCUGCACAAGUUAAAUGGCAAACCAGUGCCCAAUUCCUAUCCAGUGUUGAUGUUCAAAUUAAAUUAUUCUACUUAUGGAAACAGUAUGAAUCAUAGCCAUGGUUACACGCUCUUCCUGGGAGACCUCAGCCCGGAGGUGGACGACGGAAUGCUCUUUGAUUAUUUUUCACCACGCUACCCGUCGUUUAGUGCAGCCAAGGUCUCGACAGAUGCCUCUGGUCAAUCCAGGGGCUUUGGCUUCCUCAAGUUUGGGGACGAGGCGGACAUGACGAAAGCCUUGCAAGAGCAACAGGGAACAUGGGGACUGGGACAAAAUCCGAUUCGCAUCAGCCUCUCCAUUCCACGCAGCCAGUAUCAGGACUCAAGCAUGGGGAAAUCCCCAAGGUCUUAUGCAGGUUUGGAAAGCAACAGCCAAUUUCAAGUGCCCUUUGAGACAACAGAUGGCCACCCUUCAUCCGGAAACAAUAAAAUAAGCAGCAAGGGGGACCGUCCGACCAAUAUCAGCCAGCUGAACUACACAUACACUCAAUCUACAUUACAGGAGUAUGAUGCAGAUGAUUGUACACUUGAAGACCACAACUCCAUUCUCGAUGUGGAAGCAGCGAACCGAGAACUAAUGGAGCACAGUGAGGAGCUGUUCGACUCCCUCAUGAGCUGUCACUGGCAGCCAUUGGAUUUUGCCCCCAGCAAGCGAACGGCAGCUGGUUUGGACACUUGACCGUGCAUUGGCUGGGCUCAACACCAAUCCAAAUGCAACACAACACGGCACAGGAAAAUCAGUCUAUCCUUGUACCUAACCGUACGGCGUUGUGUGUUAUAGGUUGCAGCGGGAGUGUUUUAUUUUUUAGUAACGUGAUGAACGAAUGUUUUUGUGAUUACCCCCUCCCCUUCUGACAAUGCUCAUUGUUAUUGAGUCGUUUGUUCCAGUCUGGGUAUUGACUGACGAUCAAGCACAGGUUUUUUUUUUUUUGUGUGAAAAUUGUGGGUAGAACGAUUCACCGCCGAAGCAUUUUGUUGAAUUGUAACGAUUUGAGGUCGCGAUUCAUAAAGUUUUUCUUUACGUUUUGGUGAAUGGUGGUGCCUCCUUAUGGCUACAGGAGCAAUUUGAGCCCAUUUUUUAUCCAACGUCGGGCAGUAGCUAUGAUCUAUCUACUGCUGAAUGAAGGCCUACCCAAGUAAUUGUCCUUCAUUUUCGCUUCACGAAACCACAAUCCAUAAAGCUUGUGCACACAAAGUAAUUUAACUGCUCUUUCCACUAGGUGGUUGCAUAAUCGGACAUGUUGCCGUCUUUGGCUGCCACACAGUCAAUAGUCAUGACCACCUGCCACCAUCCGUUAUGGCAGCAUGUCCUGCCUGAGCACAUUUAAUGGUCAAUAUGAUGCCUCUAACUUCUAUGUUUUCUGAUCCUCAUGUUCCUCUUGCUGUCUUAAUGCAAGUCCAAUCAUGAACCUCUCCAUGCAUUUUUGCACUCUCUUCAGAUGUUCCAUUUUCUUUGUCCAUGUUUCUGAUUCAUUUCACAACAUGUGUACACUAUCUAAAAACUGUCUUUGGGAAGAUUGAGAUGUUGCUUUUCAUUAUCAUGAUCUUGAUCUAUCCACAUCCUAGUGCACACAGAAUGACAUCUUGAAAAAUUGCGACUAAACAUUCAGAACUCUGAAAGCUCAUUAUUACUCUUUUUUUAACCCAGGAAAGCCUCACCCAAAUGUCAACACUCUUGAGGAGGGUCCUGCAAAAUUUUCCGAAUAGGGGGUGAUUAUUCAAAAAGGGGUAAUCCCAGUGAAGCAGUUUUCCGUCAUUGUGUUUGAGCAAUACCAAAGUGAUUAUUUUUUUUACUGAAAAGUUUUCAUGGGUUUUGGGUUGCAGCUGUGAUUUACAAGUCGGUUGUAAGUGAUGCAGAAGGAUGACAACUAUAAAGGUUCAAUUUAAAUAGUAAAA